UCAAUCCCCAGCAGAGGCUCUGAGAUGACUGAGAUGACACCAGCAAUCUUGCCUUCUGCAAAUGCAUUAAAUUAUUGCUGGACACAAUAUAGUAAUAACAACACAGGAUGUUGGCAUCACCAGCACAAGGCGGAAGAAAUGGCUAUCUACAUCAUCAAUCAGUUCAUUUGCCUUUUCGGCCUGCUGGGGAACGGGAUUGUCCUUUGGCUUCUCAGAUUGCACCUCAGGAAGAACUACUUCAUUAUCUACAUCUUCAACUUAGCAGUAGCUGACUCUAGCUUUCUCCUUUGCUGCAUGUUUGUCACCAUAGUCUUUACAGUUGAAUAUUUUGGAAGCUGUCAUUUUCCAUGGUGUACGCAGAUGUACACAUUGUACAGGAUGGAAUUGUUCUUUUGCAGUACUGGCAUAUAUUUCCUAACAGCCAUCAGCACAGAGAGGUAUCUCUGUGUCCUUUUCCCAUUCUGGUACCAUUACCAACGCUCCAAGUGGUUGUCUGGUGCUAUAUCUGGAGUACUGUGGUCCUUUGCCAUUGUACUGUCUGGCAUUAAUAUUUCCUCUUGUUCUUUAUCGUUGCAACCUUCUGUAUUAUGUCAGUAUACAACCAGAAUAAUAGUUAUUACAAACCUUUUUAUCUUCACUCCCAUCAUGAUUCUGUCUAGUCUGUUCCUAUUCAUAAAAGUGAGGUACUGUUUACAGCAAUGCCAGCAGGGUGUCUAUAAAACUGUUCUACUCACUGUCUUAUUCUUUGUAACUUUUGCAACCCCUCUCAGUGUACAACACCUUCUAAGCGAGUUUACUGAUUAUAAAUCCCCUAAGGUCGCUUAUUUGCUUGCUUCUGUGAAUAGCAGCAUCAACCCAGCUAUUUACUUUCUAGUAGGAAGUCGCAGGGAGAAAUGGUUCAAGGAUUCUCUCCACUUCAUCCUGCAAAGGGCCCUAAAUGAGGAAAAAAAUUCUACAGAGACAGGGAGAGUCUCCAGUCUGGAGAUAAAAAACAACAGACAUGGAUUGCCCCAUGCUGCUACCACUUGCCAGGGCCUGGUCUCAAACAGCUCUUCUAAGUUUAACUGCUGCCACCAAGUAGAUUUUAAGGCUUACUCUGGCUGA